GGCUGCUGAUCUGAGAGAUGAGCUGAGCUGCUCCAUCUGCCUGAACAUUUACACUGAUCCUGUAUCCCUGCCCUGUGGCCAUUACUUCUGCCAGGGCUGCAUUGAGGGGUUGCAGAACAGAGUAUCAGGAGCGACCUGCUCUGCAGAGGAACAGAGCUCUGGGUAACAUAGCAGAACGACUCCUUUCUACUCACCCAGAGCAGCAUGGGACUGGGAUCUUCUGCACUUACUGUGUCCAUUCCCCUGUACCUGCUGCUAAAUCCUGUCUGCAGUGUGAGAUCUCCAUGUGUGAUGUGCAUCUCACUGCUCAUAACCAGUCAGUGGAACACAUCUUAAUUGAACCCACGGCUUCCUUCAGCAACAGAAAAUGCUCCAGUCACAAAAAGCUCCAGGAGUAUUACUGUUGUGAGGAUGGUGCCUGUAUCUGUGCCUCCUGUUGCCUGGCCGGAGAGCACAGGGGCCACAGGGUGGAGCUGCUGAAUGAGGCAUCUGAGAAGAAGAAAGAGAAAUUGAGGAAUGUUCUGGAGAAACUGAGCCCAGAGAGAGAAAAGACUGAGAGAGGAGCCCAGAGACUGCGGGAGUGCAGGAGAGAAAUGGAAGAAAAAGCAGAUGGUGAGACAGAGAGAGUCACUGGGCUGUUCAGGGAUAUUAGGAAACAGCUGGAAACCCUAGAGAAGCAACUCCUGAGUGACAUCUCCAGGCAGAAAGAAGAGCUUUCCCUCCAACUCACCAGUCUGAUCCGUGAGCUGGAAAUAAAGAAGGACGAGUUGUCCAGGAAGAUCCGUCACAUUGAGGAGCUGUGCAACAUGACAGAUACACUCACUGUCCUACAGGAACGGGAAUCAGAUGGAGCUGCCUUUUUUGGGGCUGAGGGGGCAGAUAAUGAGGGCAGAGACAAUGAUGAUAUAAAGGUCCCUGUUGUAGGAGAUCUCAACGUAGAACUGAUCUCAAAGACAUUACUUACUGGCUUAGCUGGAAUUGUGACUGGGGUAAAUGGAACAAUGUGUGGGAAGGAGGAUACAGACAUGUUACUGGAUAAAAACACAGCUGGGGAUGUUUCAGAUAUAGUGAAGGAAGAAAUGGUUCCUAUAUUAAUUACACCCCAGCCCAAUGACACUGUGGCAGAAGGUUCAGGGCUUUGUGUCUCUUCGCCUAAAAAGAGAAAAAUAUCUCAACAGCAAAAAAGAAAAAACCAUCAGUCACAGAUCUCCGCAAUCGUCUGAUGGUCUCCCCAAAACAUCACAGUUGACUAGUAACCCAAGGACUUCCCUGUCUAAUUCUGCUAUAGACACAAGGUCCAUCUCUGUGUUUGGUCAGAAGCCUACAGACCUGGUACUGGAUACACACACUGUUGGAAAUGAUGUAUCUGUAUCAGGAGACAGGAAAACUGCUUCCUACUCACGCAGAGCCCAGUGUCGCCCACAAAGCCGAAUGAGAUUUCAAAUUCCUCAGGUUUUAAGCACUAGGAGUUUCAAUUCAGGGCAACAUUAUGUAGAUUAAAGGCCAAGUUUUCUUCCUUCCAGCCUUCCUUAUUUUGA